CUGGUCCAAUCCACCUUUAAUUUCCCAUGACUCCCCGCGUCCUCAAGCCCCGCCCCCAGUUCCCCAGCCCCGCCCCGAAGUUUGAGGGGUGUGGACGGUUUGUGACCCCCUUAUCCGACGCUACCCCUCACCGGCAGGGAGAGCUGGGCUUGGCACGGCGGCUGGGACCAGGCAGCCCUUCAGUUCGGGUGGGCUUAUGGACCCCAGUCCAACGCCGCUGGAAUAGGACCAUCCAAACGCGGAACUUUCGCCUCAGAAAAAGCAGGGUGCGGGACCCCUCCUCACCGCGCGGUCUGAGUACGGUCAGGGUAGAUCAUAGGCUGAGGACAGAGUAAAGUCCUCUGAGGCCGGACACCUGGGGUCCUGUCGGGCCCCUCCCCACGAGAGUUUCCUGUGUCUGUGCCAGUCGUUUUCAUCGUUCUUCGCCGCAGUUUCCUCUUCUGUAAAUCAUGGUUAAUGACAUUAACCUUCUUACCAUCAGGGGUUAGUUGUGGGUGUGAUAAAUAAUUGCUACCAUUUAUUGAGCAAUUGCAAUUUGCAAUGUGCCAGGCACUGUGCUAAGUAUUUUGCUUCGUUGAUUUCACGUCAUCUUCAAAACAACCUCAUGAGCGUGGACCCUGUCAGCAGCCAGGCCAUGGAGCUCUCUGAUGUCACCCUCAUUGAGGGCGUGGGUAAUGAGGUGAUGGUGGUGGCAGGUGUGGUGGUGCUGAUUCUAGCCUUGGUCCUAGCUUGGCUCUCUACCUACGUAGCAGACAGCGGUAGCAACCAGCUACUGGGCGCUAUUGUGUCAGCAGGCGACACGUCUGUCCUCCACCUGGGGCAUGUGGACCACCUGGUGGCAGGCCAAGGCAACCCUGAGCCAACUGAACUCCCCCAUCCAUCAGAGGGUAAUGACGAGAAGGCUGAAGAGGCUGGCGAAGGUGGGGGAGACUCCACAGGGGAAGCUGGAGCUGGGGGUGGUAUUGAGCCCAGCCUUGAGCAUCUCCUUGACAUCCAAGGCCUGCCCAAAAGACAAGCAGGUGCAGACAGCAGCAGUCCAGAGGCCCCCCUGAGGUCUGAGGAUAGGACCUGCCUCCCUCCCAGCCCCGGCCUCAUCACUGUGCGGCUCAAAUUCCUCAAUGAUACCGAGGAGCUGGCUGUGGCUAAGCCAGAGGAUACUGUGGGUGCCCUGAAGAGCAAAUACUUCCCUGGACAAGAAAGCCAGAUGAAACUGAUCUACCAGGGCCGCCUGCUACAGGACCCAGCCCGUACACUGCGUUCUUUGAACAUUACCGACAACUGUGUGAUUCACUGCCACCGUUCACCCCCAGGGUCAGCUGUUGCAGGCCCCUCAGCUUCCUUGGCCUCCUCGGCCACUGAGCCACCCAGCCUCGGUGUCAAUGUGGGCAGCCUCAUGGUGCCUGUGUUUGUGGUGCUGUUGGGUGUGGUCUGGUACUUCCGAAUCAAUUACCGCCAGUUCUUCACAGCACCUGCCACUGUCUCCCUGGUGGGAGUCACGGUCUUCUUCAGCUUCCUAGUAUUUGGGAUGUAUGGACGAUAAGGACGUAGGGAGAAAAUGAAAGGCAUGGUCUUCCUCCUUUAUGGCCUCCCCCUUUUCUGGCCAGAGCUGGGCCCAAGGGCCUGGGAGGGAGGGGUGGAAAGGAUGCGAUGGAAAUCCCCUCCAGAGGACACAGGAGGCAGGUACAGGGCCUCCUCCUCUUGUCCAUGGGAGUACAGACAUCCCCUCUGUGCAAGCACAACUCAGGUAGAAAUGAGGAUGUCAUCUUCUCACUUUUAGGGUCCUCCUGAAGAAGUUCAGGGCUGAUGGCCAAGUUCAGUGGGGAGCCUGGGCUCUGAGGAUUCCCUCCCACCUGUGGUCCUAGCUCUUCCCAAUGUCCUGCAUGUCUGCCCCCCAGCACCCGGGCUGCCUGCCAGGGCAGCUCAGCAUGGCCCCGGCAUACCACUGUAGGGAGCCUGGAGUAUCCUUCCAUUUCUCAGCCAAGUAUCAGUCUUUCGAGACUGAAGUCACACAGGCGGGAAUGUAGAUCCUGCACGCCUUCUCUAUGGGCACCUGGCUGCUUUCACUUUCUCCCUCUAUCCCUUAGCAGGAAUAGGGUGUCCUCCCUUCUUUCAAAGCACUUUGCCUGCAUUUUGUUUUCUUUUUAGAGUCCUUCAUAGAGCUCAGUCAGGAAGGGGAUGGGGCACCAAGCCAAGCCCCCAGCAUUGGGAGCAGCCAGGCCACAGCUGCUGCUCCCAUAGGCCUCGGGCUGCAAGCAGGAGACAGCACUGGCCCUUGGCCAGCGUCCUACCCUGCCUGACUCCAAGGAUUAGCUCUGAGUAUGGAUCACUGGCCCUUAGACUCUUACUUCUGGGGCUGUUGGAUGGAGGGUCAGUGUCUGACUGAAUAAAGUUCCAUUUUGUGA